UAUUUCUUUUCCUUCUUUUAAAGAUUUGCCGAAUGAACAGUGAUUGGAGAAGACAAAAGUUGUGAGGAACGGCUGUUUGGUUGCCGAGAAAAUUAGGAGAGAAAGUGAAGGAUGGGAGUUAUAAGUACAGUGUUAGGUUUUUGCGGCUUUGGCGUCGGCGUUUCUGCGGGACUUGUGAUUGGUUACUUCUUUUUUAUUUACUUUCAGCCUACUGAUGUCAAGAAUCCUGAAAUUCGCCCAUUGGUUGAGCAAGAUACAGAUUCUUUGCAGCGGAUGCUUCCAGAGAUACCACUUUGGGUGAAAAACCCAGACUUUGAUCGUGUUGAUUGGCUAAAUAAGUUCCUUGAAUAUAUGUGGCCUUAUCUUGACAAGGCCAUUUGCAAGACUGCGAAGAAUAUUGCAACACCCAUAAUUGAAGAGCAAAUUCCUAAAUAUAAAAUUGACUCUGUUGAAUUUGAAACACUUACAUUAGGGUCUCUACCACCAACUUUUCACGGUAUGAAAGUUUAUCUCACUGAUGAGAAGGAAUUGAUUAUGGAACCAUGCAUAAAAUGGGCUGGAAAUCCUAAUGUCACUGUUGCUGUUAAAGCAUUUGGGUUGAAGGCAACAGUGCAGGUGGUGGAUUUACAAGUUUUUGCUGCACCACGCAUCACUCUGAAGCCCUUGGUCCCUACGUUUCCUUGUUUUGCCAAAAUCUAUGUUUCUCUCAUGGAAAAGCCUCAUGUUGACUUUGGACUAAAGCUUAUAGGGGCUGAUCUUAUGUCUAUACCUGGUGUCUACCGGUUUGUCCAGGAGCUUAUUAAAGAUCAGGUGGCCAACAUGUAUCUGUGGCCCAAAACCCUACAAGUUCCAAUCUUGGAUCCAGCUAAAGCCUACAGGAGACCUGUUGGAAUUCUCCAUGUGAAGCUUAUAAAGGCAAUGAAUCUGAAGAAGAAAGAUCUUAUGGGUGCAUCAGACCCUUACGUGAAACUAAAGCUCACUGAGGAUAAGCUUCCAUCAAAGAAAUCCACUGUGAAGCACAAGAACUUGAACCCUGAAUGGAAUGAGGAAUAUAAUUUUGUUGUUAAAGACCCACAGUCUCAGGCUUUAGAGUUCAUUGUGUAUGAUUGGGAGCAGGUUGGCAAACAUGAUAAAAUGGGUAUGAAUGUCGUUCCUCUGAAAGAACUUACUCCUGAAGAGCCAAAGGUUAUGACUCUUGAUCUUCUCAAAAACAUGAACUUAAAUGAUGCUCAAAAUGAGAAGUCACGUGGACAGCUUGUAGCGGAAUUGACAUAUAAACCAUUUAAAGAGGAGGAAAUGCCAACAAGUUUUGAAGAAUCACAUACAGUGCAAAAGGCUCCUGAUAAUACUCCUCCUGGCGGAGGUUUGCUUGUAGUUAUAGUCCAUGAAGCUCAAGAUGUUGAAGGAAAGCAUCACACUAAUCCAUAUGUACGACUUCUUUUUAGAGGGGAGGAGAGAAAAACUAAGCAUAUAAAGAAGAACAGAGAUCCAAGAUGGGAAGAAGAGUUCACAUUCAUGCUAGAGGAGCCUCCUACUAAUGAUAGACUACAUGUGGAAGUUGUCAGCACCUCAUCGAGGAUUGGACUCCUUCAUCCAAAGGAAACUCUGGGUUAUGUGGACAUCAAUCUUUCAGAUGCUGUUAGCAACAAACGAAUCAAUGAGAAGUACCAUCUUAUUGACUCGAGGAAUGGGCGAAUCCAGAUCGAGAUGCAAUGGAGAACAGCUUCAUAAGCUUGUCAUAGAAGGAUCAUCAAUUGGCUACUGCCAGGAAAGACCAUUUUGUUUGUUUAUUUUGUACAUGGUGUUGUGAUUAUAAUACUAAUCACAUAGAAUCCCCUGGUUGAUUUUAAGCUUUGUUCUACUUUGCAUUUCUUUUUUCGCUUUGGUUUGCUCAUAGUUAAGCAAGCAAGGACUUGGUUUUUGUGAUUAUAGUUAAGCAAGCAAGGACCCGGUGCCCCUCGGAUUAAAAUCCCAAUGGUUCCUUCUUCUUAAUUAUUUUUUCGUGAAUUUCUUCCUUUUUAAAAAUAAAAUUUGAUAUUUAUUCAUAUAUAA